UAUGGCAUUUCCACAGUGUGAGCUUCAGGGUUUUAGCACAGUAAAGCAGAGAAGAAGAGAGAGAUGGGGGCAGUGAGAAAAGGAUGGUUGGGGCAAAUGGGUUUCAACAAAGGUGGAGGAAACAUCAAUUGGUUCCCGGGGCACAUGGCUGCAGCUACCCGUGCCAUUCGCCAACGCCUCAAACUCUCUGACCUUGUCAUUGAAGUCCGUGAUGCCCGUAUACCAUUGUCUUCGGCGAACGAAGACUUGCAGCCAAUGCUUUCUGGAAAAAGGCGAGUCAUUGCCCUCAAUAAGCAAGAUUUGGCCAACCGCAACCUCAUGCAUGGGUGGAUUAGUUAUUUUAAUUCACGUAAACAAGAGUGUCUCCCAAUAAAUGCACACAGUAGAAGUUCUGUACAAAAGCUUCUUGAUCUGGUCGAGUUCAAACUGAAGGAGGUUAUGACAAGGGAACCUACUCUUCUUGUCAUGGUGUUGGGUGUUCCAAAUGUUGGCAAAUCAGCUUUAAUCAACUCCAUACAUCAAAUUGCAUUAUCUCGAUUUCCAGUGCAGGAGAAGAUGAAGAAGGCUAGAGUGGGACCUUUGCCUGGUGUUACUCAAGAUAUUGCUGGAUUCAAGGUUAGAAAUAUUCAACAACAUAGAGGGUCAGAUUAUCUCCAUAGUCCAUAUUUCCAUGAGAUUGCACAUCGACCGAGUGUAUAUUUGCUGGACACUCCAGGAGUGUUGGUUCCAAGUAUCCCAGAUAUAGAAACCGGGCUAAAGCUAGCUCUUGCAGGGUCCGUGAAAGAUUCUGUGGUGGGUGAAGAGCGAAUUGCUCAAUACCUAUUAGCAGUGUUAAACACUCGAGGAACUCCUCUUCAUUGGAAGCACUUGGUUAGCAGGGAAACUGAGGACCUUCAUCUUGAGUUGGACAAGAAACCUGAAUCUAAUAUCAAAUAUCUUCAAAAUAAGAGCAAGAAGCCCAUAAACAAAUCUGAUGUCUACCGUGUUCAGGAUAUGGUUAGUGAAGUCCAACGCACACUUUACAUCACACACUCGGAGUUCAAUGGUAGUUUGGAAGAUGAAAAUGACCUAGAAACUCUAAUAGACCACCAGUUUGAAGCAUUGCAGAAGGCUCUAAAGAUACCUCAUAAAGCUUCAGAGGCUCGGAUAAUGGUAUCAAAGAAAUUCCUUACUUUAUUUAGAACAGGGAAACUAGGUUCUUUUAUCCUGGACGACGUUCCUGACGCAUCUGACUCUGUAUCUUGAAUCAUCCUUUCAAAUUUGUCAUCCGUAACUAAGAGCAGAAGUCUGUACCAUAGUGUAUUAUCAAUUUCUUUUCUUUUCUUUCAACGUAUUAUCAAUUUUCUUGAUUAUAUUGUUCCUAUACCGUGGUCUAGUUAUCCAUUUCCUUGAAUAA